CCUCCCCCUGUGUUUGCGUGUCUUGUGGCGUACACACGCAGGACGACGAUGGGUCGAAGCAUCCGCGAGAGCAUCCUUUGGUGCGCGUACGCAUGCUCUCGCAUGCCACACAGCUCCUCUUCGGUAGAAACCAUUUGGUAAAAGGACCGUUGAAUUGAACCGCAAGCUCGCAUUCCGUCAUCUGCUGUCUGGCUUUAUGGACGUUCGAGCUGGUUGGUGGAUAAAGUCUUGAUAAAUUUCGUGUUUUGUUCAAAAUUUGUGUCUCUGUUGAUGCCUUUAAAGUGUAAAAAACCCACAAAAAAAGCGUAAGAACGUGUCUAAAAAAAAUGGUCGUUCUAGUGCUGAUGCUACUGGCACUUACCGCUGGCACAGUCCAGGCCGGUGGUACACUCCAGCAACUCGACUCCUGGAAGGGAAUGGAACGUGAACUUGCACCGGACGCACUGAUAGUUCGGCUAGACCGCCUAGUGAACGUGUGUGUGGCGAACUAUGAAGAUCUUACCACGGAUCUCCUGUUAGGCAUCGCGAUCGCUAAUGCACAACUUAGGACCAUUCUGAAGCAAGGACCGCUCCCAGAACCGCAGCGCCAGUUUGUGGAAUCGUUGGCAAAAAAGUGUGACUUUGUCGAGAGCCGCAUCGAAAGCAUCUUUAACUUCCCGAGCGGUGCCAAUGCCGUCGUGUCCAAGUUGCUGAUAGACUCUGAAUUUUGGGAAUCAAAAGAUGAGCCUAACAGUGGACCAUUUAAAGACCAAUCGAGAAGCAGAAGGCGUCGCAGUCAGUUGAUGAUGGAUGAUGACCCACAGGCCCUGAUGGAGAGCUACCUGGAGGCGAUCGAUGCGGGAGGACCUAGUGAACUGCAAUCAGACGAAUGCCUCUCCGAGCUGCUCGUAAACGAGUCCGAAAACGAGUUCAACUCCACGGGUAACAGCAACAGCACCCCCAAUAGUGCGCCACCGCCCGCCAAACGGCUAAUCCUUAGCCGCGAGUGUAGUGCCGCCAUGUCGCUACGCAAACGCUCCUACGGCUACCAUCUGACCCAUAAAUUACUCUUCUACAUCGUGCUCGCCCGGCAGCGGUUUGCGAAUGUGGACCGUGCGUUCGUCGCCGACGGCCAGCGGACGCUCUGCGAGCAGAUACUGCACGAGUCGGACCUGAUCGCACGGUUCGAUUUCCCCGAUCUGUUUCGCGAUCUCUUCAUGGAGCAGGUGUUGCUGUGCGCGUUAGCCGAUGCACCAUUGCUGGAGUUCACCAACCCGGCCUGGCUGGGGGCCAUCGUGAGCUGGCAGAAUGGGGAAGGCUGCUUCAAGUACUACGGAGACGAGGGCGAUGGUGUGAUAGGCCCGAACGCACUAACCACACACUGUUCCACGCAUAUGAGUGGUGUUGGGGCGGCCCUGCUUGGACUGUUUGCAAGGCUUCAGCUGGUUCAGCAACGGGAGUGAAGAUGAAUUGCCCCCGGGCCGGGUCUGUCCAAAAUGCGUAACGAUUGCCUCUUUCUCUGUGUGCGUGAAUGUGUCUAUGAAUAAACGUGUGUCUAAUCCGAA